AAAAAGAAUACUCAAGCUUGGCUGUGAAAUUCUAAAUUUCUCCUUCUGUAUCGAUUAAUAAAUAUAAUACAUUGUACAUCAUUGUUGACUCGCAUUGAGCAGGCAAGAUGGGCGCAAACCAGGUACUGAAGCGGAUCCCCAGAAUCAAAUUCCCUAACAGACGGGCAGGUGAACAUCUAUCACAUCAGGUGUCUCCCCAAACACCUAAAACUGAGAGUAAAACAACGGAAACAUCAUCUUUAUUUGUAGCCCCUCCAAGGAACCUUGGUGUUGGAGGAAAGGCUUCAGAACAACCAAAACGGACUCCAGUUUCUGAGAAGGAAAUAGAAGCAAUAUUGUUGGGUGGAUGCAUUUGAUGAUAGAAUGGAGCAUCAAGAAGCAUAAUGGACAUGGCAUCUUGCCAUAUUCUUUCCAUUUUGGAAACUUAUCUUCUUUGGCAUUGGGAAUUUUAUGGAUUGCCCGGUGUGACAUUUCAUUUGAAUACCAGUAUACACUUUGAAUAAAAAAUAAGCUUUCACCUAUCAGAAAACAUUUUUAUAACGACGAAGUAAAUGACAAUGAUAUUUCAUUUUGUUUGCAAAAAAAUGUUUUUAACUGAUUCAUUACUUGUAAUUGGAUAAUGGGUUACAACAUUUUUGUUAGUUGAGCAUUGUAACUUAACCAAAUUGUCCAUCAUUGUCAGUAGAUGACAGCCAGUUUGAGAUGGUUUCGGUAGCUGAUAUUUUACUUAAUAUGGAACCUGGGCAUUUCCUCCCA